AUGCCGAUCAAUAGAUCACCAAUAAGGGAAACAGAUGGACCUGGAACAUCCAACGAAAACUCCCGUGAAACACGACGACCGGGAUCCAACAUCGACAAGGUCGCUCUCCGUGCUCCUCCUUUCUGGCCUAAUGAACCAGAUCUCUGGUUCGCCCAAUUAGAAAGCCAGUUCACUCUCAGUGGAGUCACACAGGACUCUACCAAAUAUGCUCACCCUCACAGGAACAAUGAACACGAAGAGCUGGAACAUGAAGAGCUUGGAGAAAGAAAACCCUCACAAUUCUUACGACACCUACGAGGUCUAGCAGUAAACAUUCCCGAAGCACUUCUACGCACAUUAUGGUUAGAACGUCUACCAGCACAAAUGCAAGUAAUCCUAGCUACUCGAGCACAAGACCACCUUGAGGAUAUUGCAGAACAAGCGGAUCGAAUACAAGAAGUAACCGGACGAUCUAUAGCAGAAGUCACCACGACUUCCAUAGAAAAAAACCUAAUCGAGCAACUCAAUAAACUCAUUCUGCAAGUAGCAGAGCUCGACAAAUGGUGGAAUCAACCACAGCAACGCGAUCGCCGACGUAGCCGAUCUCGAGAGAAAAAGAAAACUCAACCCACGAUAUGCUACUAUCAUCGACGAUUUAGGGACAAAGCCCAAAAGUGUGCACAACCUUGCACCUACCAAAUCCCAAAAGUACAGGGCAGUCACUAA